GAAGAAGAGGACAAGCCGGCGGACAGACCAUAUCGGAGCUCAGCGAAGAACGGGGACGGCUCGUGUGGCAAUCGUUGCGGCGAUGGCUCGAAGGCGGCGGGCCCGGUGCGAUGAAACGCGCGCCUCGCCGUCAGGAAUUCGGCCCCGCACGCCGCAAGGACUCACACAACCUUUUUCACUGCCUGUCUCCAACCGACUGUGUCCCUUCCCACCGAACUGCUAACGAGCUGGCGGCGGGAAGGCGCUGGUGAAAAGAAGUGCUGUGCCCAGCGGUUAUUUACAGGCGUUUUUUCUCUCGGCGCCACCGAAGACAGCAUGCGCACUGUCGAUUUAUGGCCCGGCCGUCUCCGCGUUCCCGACCAGCGGAAGCAACCGAACAGUGGACACAGGGCGCACAACUUUCUUCACCGUGCGCUCUGCCUGCUCCACUCUUGUAAUCUUACACCGCGGCCAAGCCCCGACUCCGUCGAAGGGGACAGCGAAGCCGCCGCCGAAGAACAGCCGCUUGCGCGGCUCACAAAGCCGACCGUCUCCAGAUGCCCCUCGACCCCGGGCAGUCCUCUCCGCCCUCUCUCGCGGCCUCUUCCCGUAGACUCGGAACGGGAUGCCCGAAAAACGCACUCUAAACAAAUAUAUAUAUAUACCAUGGUUGGCGCCGGUCUGUGACAGAACCCUUCGCAGCGAGUUAAACGGUUUGGUCUAAGGGCCCGUGUUCGGCCUGCUCUGCCUGUGGCUGUCCGAGAGGGCCGUCCUGAUCGCCGGCGCCUUGCUCUGUUCCGUGCCAGUCAUGGCGUGCGGUUUCGCCCACAGCCUCGCCGUGAUCAACGUGCUCUACGGAGUGCUCUUCGGCCUCGGCCUUGCGUGCGCCGAGCUGGUGCCGUUCUCAGUGGUGGCGCGCCACUUCGUGUCGUUCCGAGGCACGGCACUCGGCCUGCUGUUCAUCGUGACCUCCGUCUCGGGUUUUGUGUCCCCCAUGGCGCUGGAGUUCCUGCGCCAGACAUACGGCUUCCGCUGCACUCUUCACCUGGUCGGGGCCAUCAUACUCAACAUGCUGCUCGGGUGUUUCAUUGUGAGCCGCAUCGACCGCACCGAUAGUUCGAUCGACGAGCCGCCAGUCACCACUACGAAAAGUAAGGACCUGCUUGCCGAGCCGCCUCGAAUUCCAGCCGAACGGCGGAGGUCUAGCUUCCAAGCAGCCUCGCUAGGACAGUCAUGCUCCAUCAAGCUGGCCCAGUCCAUUAUGUCGCUGGACAAGAGGGACCGUUCGGCGCGGGCCCAGCUGCGGCGCAACAUGCGCUCCAUGCUGGCGCUGCCCUUCGUGCACAUCUGCGUGUCGCGCGCGGCUGCCCUGUUCGCGCUCACCACCAUCCUCAUCACCGUGGUGGACUUCGGCGAGGACAACGGCCUCUCGGGCUACGACGCCGUGUCCCUGCUCACGGCGUACGCCAUCGGCGACCUGUGCUCGCGCCUCAUCACGGCGCUGGUGCUCGACACACGCUUCAUGAGCACCGGCUCCACGCUGCUGUGCAUGUUCGUGCUCCAGGCGGUCGUCAUGGCCGUCAUGAGCUUCGAGACAAACUACUGGGUGCUGCUGGUGUGCUGCUUCGUCACCGGCCUCUCGAGCGGCGGCCGCUUCUUCACCUGCACCGUCAUGGUGGCCGAGGAAUUCGACGAGGACGCCAUUUCUCUCAACCUGGGGGUCAUGAACUUCGUGUCCGGCAUCGCUUGCUUCAUCAGACCGCCCAUAAUCGGUUACUGCCGUGACGUGCUGGGUUCGUACACGCCGCUGUACCUGCUGCUGGCCAUCAUUAACGCAUUCUUCACUGUCACAUGGAGCCUGAAGUUCAUUCUUUCUUUCCGCAAAAAGAAGGCACCACCGCCUCUCAGGGAAGUCCUACAAGAGCUGCCAGAUGCAAGAGGACGAAUAGGGAGCAUCACGUCAUUUUGAAACACACUUCUGCGCACAAUGCUACAUAUAUUACCAUUCAUUUUCCAGCUUGGUUGAAAAGGUUGCCUCGGAAGGCACAAAAUACAUCCCAGGCCUCUGCUGAAAAAAAAAAGAACUGAGUAAUAGGUAAAGAAGGGAAACUAAUCGAGACUUGUUAAUGACACCCAAGGAUACAAGGACUCAGGGCGUUAACGUGGCAAUAACUAAAAUGAGAACAAAAGAAGCGCUCAAAACCAGGUUGCAAGCGGAGACGUUAUCAUAGAGCGUUUUACCACAAGUACCACAGCUGGGACUUCGUUUCAACGUGAACUGCCUGACUUCUGAAUGCAGUGCCCCAUGCUCUGCAGGAAGCAAUUUCUUUAUGAGUGAACCAAGAGCAGUGACACGAGAAACCUGCUAGGUUGCAUCAUUGCGUAUUCGUAGUUAUUGACGCUGCGAGCUGCAGCGAAAACGGAGGAUGACGCCUGUACACAUGAAAGGCCAUAUACAGCUACAACAGAGAGCAUUUUUUUUUCGCACGUGGGUACACGGCUAGUUACAUCGGGCGUGUAUAUACACAAUACGACUUGCAAGAUCACUGCCAGAUAUCCGAUGCGAAUUUCAGGAAGGAUAAGCCAAGGAAGAAUAGCGACAUCCAUGUCAUCAUGUUACUUCUACAGCCGUGAAUGACCAUAUUCCAAGACAAAUUUUGAUGUAGAAGUGCAAAAAAAUGAUGAUAAAAUGGUUAAAAUAAAAUCCGAUGACACCUAAGUACUUCUUAUGAAUUGCGAAUGCGAAAACAAUAAUGUCCAAUUGAACGCCUCUGAGCGGUCCUUCGAGUAAUGAACUGCUCGCGGGCAAGCAAUCGUGUUGGCGCGUUUUGAUAGGGCCUUACUAAGGCGCAGUUAGAACGCAGGCAAGAGCUUGCGCCCCAAAGUAUUGAAGGAUGAGGACAAUCUGCGCAGCAUU